UGCUGAAAUCUUCCAUAAGCGCCUGCCAUGCCCCCUUACAAGGAUUUGCAGUUGCUUCUAUUUCCAAAUGGUGGAUCGCAAGUAGAGAAUGCAUUUUGCUCUUUUUCCUUGUACAGGAAUCAGCUUUGCCAAUGAGCAACUUGUAGUCCAAAUGCCCAAAAGAAAAUCCCUUGCGACUUGCUCUGAAGAUUCACCGCACUCCUUCAAUGACCAAUGUAGCGAUUCGUCUGAGGAAGACGCUAAUGGGCACUGCAUACGCCGUCGUUUUGGGAAUGCCUUCUUCACGGCAUCUCUGUCAGUGUCCAGUCUCCAUCUCCAAAUCCCAGAGAGCGUCCUCAACAUUCCGUCGUUUUUCCUCAACUUCGAAACCCAAUAGUUUAGUUCCCAAUCCAAAUCUAGACUUGAAAUUCUUGAACAAAAAGAUCUCACAUUUGAUCCGAAGUGGUCGGAUUGGCGAAGCGAGGGAAGCGUUUGAUGGAAUGAAGCACCGCAAUGUUGUCACGUGGAACUCAAUGAUGAGUGGAUACGUGAAACGCAGAGAGAUGGCGAAAGCACGCAAGUUGUUUGAUGAAAUGCCUGAGAGAGACAUUGUCUCGUGGAAUUUGAUGAUAUCGGGGUGUAUGUCGUGUCGGGGAAGUAGGGAUAUUGAGGAAGGUAGGAAGUUGUUUGAUCAAAUGCACGAGAGAGAUUGCGUUUCUUGGAACACGAUGAUUAGCGGGUACACCAAGAAUGGGAGGAUGUCUCAGGCAUUGCAGCUUUUUAAUGCUAUGCCGGAGAGGAAUGUUGUCUCCUGGAAUGCAAUGAUUAGCGGGUUUUUGCUGAAUGGGGACGCGGUGCGUGCUAUUGAUUUUUUCGAUAAAAUGCCUGAGCGUGAUGACGCUUCACGAAGCGCACUAGUUUCGGGUCUUGUUCGAAAUGGUGAGCUGGAUGAAGCUGCAAGGCUUUUGCUUGAAUGGGGCAAUAAGGAUGUUGGAAGAGAAGAUUUGGUUCAUGCUUAUAAUACACUCAUUGCUGGUUAUGGCCAGAGAGGUAGAAUUGAGGAAGCACGACGCCUGUUUGAUGAAAUCCCGUUUUAUUGGGGUGAGCGGAAGGAAUGCAGUAAGAGGUUUGAGAGAAAUGUGGUGUCUUGGAAUUCCAUGAUAAUGUGCUAUUUGAAAGUGAAAGAUAUUGUAUCUGCCAGGCAACUUUUCGACCAACUGACAGAACGGGAUACCUUUUCUUGGAACACCAUGAUUACCGGAUAUGUUCAAAUGUCGGAUAUGGAUGAGGCCUCUAACCUCUUCCGGAAAAUGCCAAACCCUGACGUGCUGACAUGGAAUUUAAUGGUCUCAGGGUUUGUGCAGAUCGGUAGUUUAAAAGUUGCCUGUUAUUAUUUUGAGAGGAUGCCACAGAAGAACCUGGUCUCUUGGAACUCCAUUAUAGCCGGAUAUGAUAAAAAUGAGGACUAUAAAGGAUCAAUUAAAUUAUUCACCCAGAUGCAACAUGAAGGAGAGAAACAUGACUCUCACACUUUAUCUUCACUUCUCAGUGCUUCUACUGGUUUGAUGGAUCUGCAUCUGGGUAGGCAGGUUCAUCAGCUGGUAACAAAGACUGUUCUUGCAGAUGUGCCAAUAAACAACUCCCUCAUAACCAUGUACUCGAGAUGUGGGGCAAUAGAGGAGGCGCGAACCAUAUUUGAUGAGAUGAAAUUGCGGGAUGUAAUUUCCUGGAAUGCGAUGAUCGGAGGCUAUGCAUCUCAUGGUUUUGCAGCAGAGGCUUUAGAGCUUUUCGCACUGAUGAAACAUCUCAAAGUUCAACCUACUCACAUAACAUUCAUUGCGGUGUUGAAUGCAUGUUCGCAUGCGGGGUUAGUUGAAGAAGGCAGAAGGCAAUUCGAUUCGAUGAUCGGUGAAUUUGGUAUUGAGCCACGCAUUGAACACUAUGCGUCUCUCGCGGACAUCCUUGGCCGGCAUGGGCAGCUCCAUGAAGUCAUGGACUUGAUCAAGAGAAUGCCAUUGGAACCAGAUAAAGCGGUUUGGGGAGCAUUACUAGGUGGGUGCAGAAUGCAUAACAACGUAGAGUUGGCUCAAAUUGCGGCUCAAGCUUUAAUGAGGAUUGAACCAGGAAGUUCAGCUCCCUAUGUUUUGUUGUAUAAUAUGUAUGCCGACGCAGGACAAUGGGGUGAUGCUGCCAGGGUUAGAUUGACAAUGGAAGAGAAUAAUAUCAUAAAGCAACGAGGAUAUAGCAGGUUGCAGGUGACUUUGUUAUGACAGACGUGGCGUGGGGCGUCUCCAAAAUGGUUGCG